AAAUAAAGUACGAGAUAAGCAAAAUUUGCUUUAUCAAAGCAUUAUGUCCUUUAUUAGAAGUUGUAUACUUCUUGUUCUUAUUUGGUAUGGAUGUUGAAAGAGAGGUCAGGUCACCCGUUAAGCCUAUAUUGGAAUGGCUACAAAGAGGACCCAUGUUAGUGGGGGAUUGGAAGGAGGACAGGAUCCAAAAAGAUGCAGUAAAAGCAAACCCACAAACUGGCUUGGCAAAACUUUAUUCUGCCAUAAUGGAAUGCUAUAGCUCACUCACCAGGACAACCAGUGAGCUUGGAGCACCUGCUACCGCAACCAUUGCUGGCAACUUAGGACAAGUGAUCUCUAUAUUUCUCUGGAUGGCGGCAAAACCAGCUGAAGAGACUCCUGGAGCUCUGAAAUUCCAAACAUGGGUCUUAAAAGUCUCUAUCCAUUGCGAAGGCUGCAAGAAGAAAGUUAAGAAAGUUCUCCAAGGCAUCGAUGGUGUUUAUAUGACGGAGAUUGAUUCUCAACAGCACAAGGUUAUAGUGAAUGGCAACGUGGGUGCUGAAACUCUCAUCAAGAAGCUGAUGAGAUCUGGGAAACAUGCUGAGCUCUGGCCAGAAAAGGCUGAGAAGGAGGAAAAGCCUGGAAAAUCAAAGAACAAUGAGAAACAGAAGGAACCUAAAGAUAGUGAAGACGAAGUUCGUGAUGGUGGUGAUAAGAAGUUGGCCAAGCAACCAGAGCAGGAAGCUAAAAAUGGUGGCAAUCAGCCUCCGGAAGUGGACAAUAAAGGCAGUCAUGAAAGUGAGGAAACUGGUGGAGAAAAUGGCGGCAACCAAAAUGGAGUGAAAAAGAAGAAAAAUAAAGGGAAGAAAGGCAAUUCCAGCGAUGGCAAUGGUGAUAAUAAUAAUCAUGGUGAGAUGAUGCCUGCAGACCCUCCAUCAGCUGUGGCUACCACUCCAGACUCAGCCCCACCUAUGGCGUCCAUGAAUCUCAACCCUGCAUUUCAGCUGCCGGCUCCAUAUCCGGCCAUGUAUCAUACGCCUCCACCGUCGGGAAUAAAUUAUAAUAUGGCGUAUCCUAGCGCAGGCACUUCAUAUUUUGCUCCUUCCAUCUCAUGUCCACCACCUCCACUUGACCCAAUCGGAAACUCCGGUGAGGAUGAUUACAACGAGGAUGAAGUUGGCUGCGCAAUUAUGUGACAAAAAAGAUAUAAAACUUAGAUUAUGUUAGUGUGUUGUGUUAAGGAGAUCAAGUGAGGGGGGCUUAAUUUUGUAUGGUCCCGUAAAAUUAAUUAGUGGAAUCUAUGGUAGUGAAGAAAUAAAAGGUUGUAAGGGUUUAUGAAUUAGGUUGGUCUCUUUGGCUUUCCUUGGUAGGGUAUGGUUGCUUUAAAUUAAUUGUAGGACAUGAAAAUCUCCCCCUUUACCCUCUUUCUUAUGUGUAAGGAAAAAUAACUUCACAAUUGUCCU